AUGCUGUCCGAGCCGUCCCCGGAAGGGCUGUUGACUGGCUCUUGGCUAGAUGCUAGCUUCCCCGUUCCUCGAUGGCAGAUGGCACUUCAUCUUCAGGGAUUUGCCUAUGAACAGUCCAGCAGGAGAGGUCUCUGCGACUCUGCUCUGUGGAAUGCCAGUCCUCACUCAGUGCCUCGACCAUCCCGUUGCGCGUCCCACUGCCGCUCCCGCUCCCGCUACCGCUACCGCUACCUGCCGUACGGAGUAUCCGUCGGCCGCAACCACCACACGCGCGCAACCUCCACGACCCACGACCCACGACCCACGGCCUGGCCCACGCAGCAGGCUAGAUAG